GUGUCGACUUCAAGAUGAAGACCAUCGAGGUGGAUGGGAUCAAGGUGCGGAUACAGAUCUGGGACACAGCCGGCCAGGAGCGGUACCAGACCAUCACCAAACAGUACUACCGGAGGGCUCAGGGCAUUUUCUUGGUGUACGACAUCAGCAGCGAGCGCUCCUACCAGCACAUCGUGAAGUGGGCCAGCGAUGUGGAUGAGUAUGCACCCGAGGGCGUCCAGAAAAUCCUCAUCGGGAACAAGGCGGACGAGGAGCACAAGAGGCAAGUGCCCAAAGAGCAAGGGUUGCAGCUGGCCAGAGAAUACGGGAUGGACUUCUACGAGACCAGUGCCUGCAGCAACCUCAACAUCAAGGAGUCCUUCACACGGCUGACGGAGCUGGUGCUGCAGGCGCACCGCAAGGAGCUGGACGAGCUGCGGGGGCUGCCCCGCGCCCCCACCCUGGCCCAGCUGGAGGAGGAUGAGCAGCAGCCCCUGGGGAGUGAGGACACCCCCAAAACCUGCUGGUGUUGAAGGCUGAGACCCCCCGACCCCUCCUCCCCAGACUGUGUCAGGGGGCACGGUAGGGGCAGGAUUGAGGCAGCCCCCACAGAGUGGGGAGUGACACGGGACACCCCCAGGGACAGGGAAUGUGGCAAGGGGGCUCCCCAUCCUGGCACCUGUGCCCUCCUCGGCUCACGGGUAGGGUGGGGGCUGUCCAGGCACUGUGUGCCCACCCUGUGCCACCCCGUGCCCGUGGGACCCCCGGUUUUACACAGUGGUUUGCAGAAUAAAGGUGAUGCUGGA